GAGGGAUGGUGGGAGAUGGCAGAUGAAGGAAUGAUGGGAUCUCUCCGUGGAAGGAGGCUGGAAUGGGUGGAAAUCAUCGAGCCUCGGACCCGGGAGCGCAUGUACGCCAACCUCAUCACGGGGGAGUGCGUGUGGGACCCGCCCGCCGGGGUGCGGAUCAAGCGCACCAAUGAGAACCAGUGGUGGGAGCUCUUCGACCCCAACACCUCCCGCUUCUACUACUACAAUGCCACCACGCAGAGGACGGUGUGGCACCGUCCCCAGAACUGCGACAUCAUCCCGCUGGCCAAGCUGCAGACGCUGAAGCAGAACACGGAGUCGCCGCGGGCUUCCACGGAAAACAGCCCCGGCAGGAGCAGCAAUGUCAGCAGGGAGGGAAGCACCAGCUCGUCCUUGGAGCAGGAGCUGGAGGGCAACGAGAAGGUGCAGGAGCAGCGGUCAAGCCGCCAGCCCAGCCAGUAUUCCGUGGUGAAGGAGGAGACGGAAAGUUCAUCGCCUUCUGGAGUGUUUGAGAAGGAAUACGACAUUUAUCGGGAUUACAGCACCGAAGGACAGCUGCUGCACUACAGGACCUCAUCCCUCCGAUGGAACGCUGGCACCAAGGAGCGGAUGCUGAUCAAGGUGACAGAUCGGGAGCCCAGCUUCCUCCUCCACCAAGGCAAUGGCUACGCCCCGGAAAACCAGCCAGGCUCCCGUUCCCGCCGGCCCUCAGGCGGCCAACAGUCGCCCAACCUCCAAACCUUCUCUUCGGACACCGACAACUCCGUCUUCUUCCCGGAGAGGAAGCAGUCGCCUUUCAUGAAGAGGGCCGAGCAUGUGGGCAGCUGCUCACCCUUGUUGGGCCGAGGCGAUUCCUUCUGCUCGCCGCUCCAAGCCCAGCACCGCAAGCAUUCCAGCGAAUCCCAGCCCUCGUCACCCCGCUAUGCUUAUGAGCCCCCACUCUACGAGGAGCCCCCUAUGGAAUACCAGGCUCCCAUCUAUGAUGAGCCGCCCGUGGACAUGCAGUAUGAAGCCAGCGGGAGCUACAAGGCCGGGUCACCGCAGAAAUCGCCCAUCCGGAAGCCUCACCCUUUCCUUCAGUCGCCCAAGCAAGGCUCCAACUCGCCCUACCAGCAGUUGGUGCUCACCAAGCAGAAGUGUCCUGACCGCUUCAUGAGCCUGGAAUACAGCCCGGCCGGCAAGGAAUACGUCCGGCAGUUGGUCUAUGUGGAGCAGUCGGGCUCCAGCCCCAAGAUGAAGACGGGCUUGAGGCACAAAUAUUCCCCCAACCCCAUCGGCGGCUCCUACUCACUGCAGCACAGCCCCUGCCUGGUGCGGGACCAACGCCUGGAGAUCAAAUCGGGCGACUACAGCAGCAUGGAGGGACCCGACUUCUGCCCUGGCCCCACAGGAGCCCAGGUGGCCCAGGGCGAGGACUCCAUGUCGUGGUCCAGCCAGCAGGACACCUUGUCCUCCACCGGUUACUCACCUUCCACCAGGAAAAGGAAAAGUCGGAAGCCUUCGGUGAACCAUGACGCCAACGCCUCCUCCACGGAUGGCUCGGGGGAGCGGGAGGUGUUGGGUGAGCUGGGUGAGGAACGAGCCACGCCGGGACCCAACAGGUCGCCAAUGAACCGGACGGAGAGCAAGGCAGCUGAGGCAGAGGCGGCGCGGGGCUUCCCGGAGCCGUUCCUGGCGCAGGCGCGCCUGGCAUGGGAAGCGCAGCAGGCCCACUACCACAUGAAGCAACGGAGCAGCUGGGAUUCCCAAAAGGACGGUUCGGGCUACGAGAGUGAUGGAGCCCUCCCGCUGCCCAUGCCAGGCCCGGUGGUGCGAGCCUUCAGUGAGGAUGAGGCGUUGGCACAACAGGAGAACAAGCACUGGAAGAGGAACACCUUCGAGAAGCUGGGCUUCCCCCAGAUCCUGCUGGAGAAGAGCGUCUCUGUCCAGACCAACCUGGCCUCUCCCGAGCCCUACCUGCAUCCAUCUCAGUCCGAGGACCUCGGCGCCUGUGCGCAGUUCGAGAACAGCCGGCAGACGCGGAACAUGAUGCCGAGCGCCAGCUGCGUCUUCCCCACCUUCAACCUGCGCAAGCCCUCCUCGGAGACGGACAUUGAGAACUGGGCCUCCAAGCACUUCAACAAGCACACCCAAGGGCUCUUCCGAAGGAAGGUCUCCAUUGCCAACAUGCUGGCCUGGAGCAGCGAAUCCAUCAAGAAACCCAUGAUCAUGACCAAUGACCGCAAUGUCAAGAAGGAGGCGUGCGAGAUCUUCAAGCUCAUCCAGAUGUACAUGGGCGACCGGCGGGCCAAGACGGACCAGCUCAACGUGGCCUUGGAGAUCGCCACCAAAGGUUGGAGCAUGCAGGGGCUGCGAGACGAGCUCUACAUCCAGCUGUGCCGGCAAACCACCGAGAACUUCCGUUACGAGAGCCUGGCCCGCGGCUGGGAGCUCAUGGCCAUUUGUUUGGCCUUUUUCCCACCCACUCCCAAAUUCCAUUCCUACCUUGAAGGAUACAUUUACCGGCACAUGGAUCCGGUGAAUGACACCAAAGUCUCGCGGCACCUCCGGCACCUCCUGGCAAGGACCAAUCAGAAGAAACCCAAAUUGCGAAAGAAACCAAAGCCCCAGAGCGAGGAGAUCCCGGGGGUGGCCAUCAGCACUUACGCCAAGUACUGCUACAACAAACUCCAGAAGGCGGCACUGACCGGGGCCAAGAAGGGCCUGAAGAAGCCGAACAUCGAGGAGAUCCGUCACGCCAAGAACGCUGUCUUCAACCCGUCCAUGUUUGGCAGCUCCCUGCAGGACAUCGUGGCCAUGCAGAAGGAGCGUUACCCGGACCGGCAGCUGCCCUGGGUGCAGACCCGGCUCUCCGAGGAGGUCCUGGCACUCAACGGGGACCAGACCGAGGGCAUCUUCAGAGUCCCCGGUGACAUCGAUGAGGUCAAUGCCCUCAAGCUGCAGGUGGACCAAUGGAAGAUCCCCACCGGCUUGGAGGAUCCGCACGUUCCCGCAUCGCUGCUGAAGCUGUGGUACCGCGAGCUGGAGGAGCCCCUGAUCCCACACGAGUUUUAUGAGCAGUGUAUCUCCCACUAUGAGAACCCCGAGGCCGCCAUCGCCGUCGUCCACUCCCUGCCCCGGAUCAACAGAAUGGUGCUGUGCUACCUCAUCCGCUUCCUCCAGGUCUUUGUGCAGCCGGCCAAUGUGGCCGUCACCAAGAUGGACGUCAAUAACCUGGCCAUGGUGAUGGCCCCCAACUGCCUGCGCUGCCAAUCGGACGACCCGCGGAUCAUCUUCGAGAACACGCGCAAGGAGAUGUCCUUCAUCCGUGUCCUCAUCCAGCACCUGGACACCAGCUUCAUGGAGGGCGUCCUAUAGCGGCCGCCACAACACCAUCCCCACCCCGCCACCGGCCCCCCGUCCCCUCCAAGGGUCAAAGUCCCCAGGUGGUGGCACCUAUCUCUAUCAAGAACCAGGAGGUCUGUGAGGUUCUCUACCAUGUGGUGAGCUCCAUCUCCACCAAGAACCAGGAGGUUCAUGAGGUUCUCCACCACGUGGUGAGCUCCAUCUUCACCAAGAUGAAGAGCCAGGAGGUCCGUGAGGUUUUUUCACCACGUAGUGAGCUCCAUCUCCACCAAAAACUGGGAAGUCUGUGAGGCUCUCCACAACGUGGCAAGCUCUAUCUCUACCAAGAGCCAGGAAGUCCGUGAUGUUCUUCACUGCAUGGUGAGCUCCAUCUCCAUCAAGAACCAGGAGGUCCAUGAGGUUCUCCACCAUAUGGUGAGCUCCAUCUCCACCAAGAACCAGGAGGUCCAUGAGGUUCUUCACCACAUGGUGAGCUCCAUCUCCACCAAAAUCAGGAACCAGGAGGCAUGGGAGGUUCUUCACCAUAUGGUGAACUUCAUCUCCACCAAGAUGAAGAACCAGGAGGUCCAUGAUCUUCUUCACUGCAUGGUGAGCUCCAUCUCCACCAAGAACCAGGAGGUCCAUGAGGUUCUCCAGUUUCACCACAUGGUGAGCUCCAUCUCCAACCAGACCUCAUGGAUGGAGGGCGUCCAGCGAUUGUAACCAUCUCGCCUGGACGCAGGGACAAGGAGAAGUCCUUGAGGUCCAUCACAACCUUCUGGCCGUGUCACUCACUGCCUGGUUCUUCACUGGGCGAGUCACAAGGAACAUCUUGGCUCUGUGGAGUCUCCAUGGGGUUGGGAAGGUGGGAGAAGUUCACCUGGACGCCAGGGAAGCACGGAGAGAAUUGUCCCCUACAGGGAAGAGACCUGGGAGGUCCCCAUGGGAGAGGUGGCUGGGGAGGGUCAUGGUAGCUGACUGUCCAUCCUGGAGGAGCUGAGUGGGCUGGAUGUCCCCAUGUGUCCCUGUGUCCAUCCUGUCCCACACACGUUGGCACCACCAGGACCUGUCCCAGUACCCACUGGGUCUACCUGGCCCUGUGGGACCUGUCCCAGGACCUCCCAUCUGCUCCUGGUACUUGUGGGCUCAUCUUGGUGUUCACCAUCAACUCUUGGAGCCAUCUUGGGGUCCAACAUCUCCUCCUGGUCCUCCUGAACCCAUCUUGGGGUCCAUCAUCAACUCCUGGUCCUUCUGAACCCAUCCUGAGGUCCAACAUCUCCUAGUCCACCUGAACCCAUCUUGGUGUCCAGCAUCAAAUCCUGGAGACAUCCUGGGGUCCACCAUCAACUUUUGGAGCCAUCUUGGAGCCCAUCAUCUCCUCCUGGACCUCCUGAACCCAUCCUGGAGUCCAUCAUCUCUUCCUGAUCCUCCUGGACCCAUCUUGGUCCUCAUCAUCUCCUCCAGCUUCUCCUGGACUUGUUUUGGUGCCCUUCCCCUCCUCCAGAUCCUGCCCAACCCCUCUUGGUGGCUCCAAUCUCCUCCCGGGUCCACCUUGGCACCCACCAGCUCCUCUUGGUCCUUCAAAAUCCACCCAGGACAGCUCUCCUUGACCCUUCUGGGCUCAUUCUGGUGUUCAUCAUCUCCUCCUGUUUCUCCUGCCCUCAUCCUGGUGUCCAUCAUCUCCUCCAGGUCAUCCAGGACCCACCUGGGCACCCAUCUCCACCUGGUUCUGCCCAGCCCACCUUGGUUUCCCUGGUGUCUUCCAGGACCCAUCUUGGUGUCCCUGAUCUCCUCCAGGUCCAACCUUGGUGGCUCCCAUCUCCUCCAGGUCCAACCUUGGUGCUCCUAAAUCUUCUCCAGGUCCUCCACAUCCCACCCUGGUGGACCCCAAUCUCUACCAGGUCCCACCUUGAUGACCCCCAAAUCUCCUCCAUGUCCUACCCUGAUGGACCUCAAUCUCCACCAAGACCUACCUUGGUGGCCCCCAAUCUCCUCCAGGUUCUACAUUAGUGCCCCCAAAUGUCUACCAGGUCCCACCUUGGUACCCUCACCUCUUGCAGGACCCAUCUUGGUGACCCCAAAUCUCCUCCAGGUCCCACCUUGAUGCCCCCAUUUUCUUCAGGACCAACCUUGGUGCCCCCCAACCUCCUCCAGGACUCAUCUGGGCACCAUCAUCUGCUCCAGGUCCCACCUGAGCACCCCCCAACUCCCUCCAGCUCCUCCUGAUCCCCCAAAAUCUCCCCCAGGUCCCACCUUGGUGCCCUCAACCAACCUUGGUGCCCUAACCUCUUUCAGCACCUAUCUUGGUGUCCCUCAGUCUUCUCCAGGACCCACCUUGGUGCCCCCACCUCUUCCAGGAUCCAUCUUGGUGACCCCAAAUCUUCGGGUCCCACCCUCGUGGCCCCACAUCUCCUCCAGGACACACCUUGGUGUCCUCAGAUAUCCACCAGGUCCCACCUUGGUGCUCCAACCUCUUCCAGAUUUCACCUUGGUGACCACAAAUCUCCAGGUCCUCCAGGUCGCACCUUGGUUUCCCCAAAUCUCCCCCAGGUCCCACCUUGGUGCCCUCACCUCUUCCAGGUUUCACCUUGGUGCCCCCAAAUCUCCAGGUCCUUCACGUCCCAUCCUGAUGGAGCCCAAUCUCCAUCAGAUCCCAUCUUGGUGCCCCAAAUCUCCUCCAGGUUCCACAUUGGUGCUCCCAGAUCUCCUCCAGGUCCUCCAUGCCCCACCCUGAUGGACCCCAAUCUCAAUGAAGACCUAUCUUGGUGCCCUCAAAUGUCCUCCAGGUCCCAUCAUGGUGACCCCAAAUCUCCAGGCCCUCCACGUCCCACCUUGGUGCACCCCAAAUCUCCUCCAGGUCCUCCAUGUCCCACCCUGAUGGACCCCAGUCUCCACCAGGACCCACCUUGGUGGCCUCACAUCUUCUCCAGGUCCUUCAGGUUCUACCUUGGUGCCCCCAGUCUCCAGCAAGACCCAUCCUGGUGACCCCUAAUCUCCACCAACUCCCCUAAAACUGUAGGGUCCCAUGGGUCAGGGGGGUCCCCAAGAUCCUGGGAUGGUCCCCAAGGUCGGGGGGGUCUCAUGGGUGGAGUCCCCAAAGUGGGAGGGGGUCCCCAAAAUGGGGGAGGGGGUCACCAAGGCCAGUGGGUCCCAAAAGUGUGGGGUCCCAUGGGGGGAUCCCCAAAAUGGGGGAUCCUCAAAGUGGGGACAGUGCCCAAAAUGGGGGGGUCCCCAAGGCCUGGGAGGUCCCCAAAGUGGGGACAACCCCCAAGUUAUGGGGUCCCAUGGGGGAAGUCCCCAAAGUGGGAGGAGUCUCCAAAAUGUGGGGGUCCUAUGGGUGGGGAGUACCAUGGAGGGGGUCCCCAAAUUGGGGUGGGGGAGGGUUCCCAAACUGGGGGUGGUGGGGACAACCCAGCACUACCUCCCAGCUCUACUCACUGCCAGGGGACCCCCACUUUUUACUCCACGUCCACUUAAUUAAGUUUUAAUUAAUUAAUCAUUAAUUUCUGGCACCCGUUCAUUAAUUUUUAAGUGAUUUCCCCUCCUUUUUUC